AUGGGGGCGGCCGAGCGCUUGCCGAGCGCCUCCGAGCGGGACACGGAAACACCCGAAGUGGAGAGACCCGCGCGGGAGCCGGGCGGAAAAGCCCGAAAGAGGCCGGAAAUACCCGCGGGGAAUCGGCGGGGGAGGAGACCGUUGCCGGAAAUUGUCGAGGGUCACCGGAAACCGCCGAGUCUGACCCAGCGCAUAGGUUCCUCUUCUCGGCCACGCCCUUUCCUCACGCACGCCACGCCCCCUCGGCCACCCAAGGCGGGGCCACGCCCAAACGGCAAUCGCCGGGCCCGGCGAGGCGAGGGGUGCCUGAGCCGGCGGGGGCGUUACGUGGCCUUGCUGCCUUCUCGAUUGGCCCCUCAGCCUUUCUAUAUUAAUUGGGUCUUGAUAGAAUCUAAGAUUAAGCAAAGAGUAUAA